GCCGCCUCCCAGUGCUGAUCGCUUCACUCAACAUCCGGCCAGGGCGGGGGAGGGGCGCGGCCCAGAAGUCGGUGUCUGUGAGGCGGAGGCGGCUUCGGCGCAUGCGCCCUGGGAGGUGUCGAAGACCCGGCAGCCUGUACUCCGCCUUGAUCUGUCCCUGUGGGCUCAGGGAAUGGCAAGGAUGCUUUUCGGAAGGUGUCUCGGGUGCAGUUAAGGUGUUUUGGAGGGUGCAUGUAAGGGAGUCAAGGAAACGGUUAGGUAAUUUGAGGACAAGCCCCUUCCCACUGUUGCCGAUGAACUGUAAAAAGGAAGACUCAGGUUUGUGGUUUGAAGAAUGAAAAGUUACCGGGAUCGCUACACCAUCUCCUUUCCCCUUUGUGAAUGCGGUGACCACCAUCACCUGUCCCCAGAACAGCUCUUGGUAUUCGCUUCUGUUCCCGGUUAUCCCAGAAUUAAAUUCUGAGUUCAUCUCAUAAAACUCCAGGGAUCAGCAUCCGCUCUAUUUCUGCACCAAGGCUGAGCUAUACCAUUUAGAAGAAUGGAAGCGAAUGCAUCUGUAGACAUGUUUUCAAAAGUCCUGGAAAAUCAGUUGCUUCAGACUACGAAACUAGUAGAAGAACAUUUGGAUUCUGAAAUUCAGAAACUGGAUCAGAUGGACGAAGAUGAAUUGGAACGCCUCAAAGAAAAGAGACUUGAGGCACUAAGGAAAGCUCAACAGCAGAAACAAGAAUGGCUUUCAAAAGGACAUGGGGAAUACAGAGAAAUCCCUAGUGAGAGAGACUUUUUUCAAGAAGUCAAGGAGAGUAAAAAAGUGGUUUGCCAUUUCUACAGAGACACCACGUUCAGGUGUAAAAUAUUAGACCGACACUUGGUGAUACUGUCUAAGAAACAUCUUGAGACCAAAUUUCUGAAGCUGAAUGUGGAAAAAGCACCUUUCCUUUGUGAGAGACUGCGUAUCAAAGUCAUUCCCACACUAGCACUGGUAAAAGAUGGAAAAACACAAGAUUAUGUUGUUGGAUUUACUGACUUAGGAAAUACAGAUGACUUCACCACAGAAACUUUAGAAUGGAGGCUGGGUUGUUCUGAUAUUCUCAAUUACAGUGGAAAUUUAAUGGAGCCACCAUUUCAGAGCCAAAAGAAAUUUGGAACAAACUUCACAAAGCUGGAAAAGAAAACUAUCCGAGGGAAGAAAUAUGAUUCAGACUCUGAUGAUGAUUAGAAAUUAGUUAUAAUUCUUUGUAAAUUGUCUUCUUAUUUCUGCUUACUUCAGAAUUAGAUGUGUUUUCUAAAUCCCGUUGGUUUUGAUACAUUGGUCAUCUAAUGGUCAUGUUCUAAAGUUUUGUACAGUUUCAUCACAUUGAAAGACAUCUUCAAUAUUUUCUGUGUGGCACUCAUGUUUAAGUUGAGGGAAACUUCUGAGUUCUUAAAUUAUCCAGCAAGGGUCUGGAUUCUCUAUUUUUGAGAUUGAUUUUAUCACAAUAUGAUUCUUACGUCUUUAUAUCAUUCACAAUUGUGUUUUUAAUCUACUGGAUUGGAAAUAGGAAUUCAGCAAACUAUUCCAGGACUAAUUCUUACACAGCGUUAUUUACUUUAUACAACAGGUCAAACAGCAUUUACUGGUGUAACAGACUCACUUGUAAAUGAAUUAUAAACACUCCUUACUUCUGGAAUAUAUUUAACUAUUAAAGAACUGCCUAUUUAUUCUGUAGGCUGUGUGUUGAUGAUGAAUCAACUGAUGGCAGCAGAAAGCUUUUUCUGAGGUUUUGAGCAUACUACCUAUUUAAAGGUUUUGAGCAUACUACCUAUUUAAAGGGUUCUGAUUGCUUAUAUUUUAAAACAUGCAUUAAAAAAUAACCAGGAAGGAUCACCUGGGUGGCUUAGUUGGUUAAAUGUCUGACUCUUGAUUUCGGCUCAGGUCAUGAUCUCAGGAUCCUGGGAUGGAGCACUGUGUCGGCCUCUGCGCUCAGUAAGGAAUCUGCUUAAGAUCCUCUCCCUCCAUGCCCUCCCCUCCCUCAUACUCUCUCUCAGAAAUAAUCAGGAAACACAAUUGGAGUGGCAACAUGAUCUGCAGACUCCUAAAUGACAACAACCGUAACUGGUAAAUAUAUGUAUAUUUUUUACUUAAAGUCUUGGGAGUUGUCAUAAAAGCAUACAGCAAAUAAAAACAUAUAUUACAGAAACAUUUAUUCAAGAAAAGACUAAAACUUGGUAAGAAUAGUAAGUCUCUUUGGUAUUUGAGCCACACUAUUUCUCCCCCUAGCUCCCAAUUUCAGCCCACAGUUUCUCCUUAGGAUGAGCAGACUGCUAGCAUUUCUCAUUCUACCUGCUCCCUCCCCGCAAGCUCUAUGUCACAGAAGCUCUAUUUCAGGUAACAGUAGCAAAGAGGACUGGACCUUCCUUCCUCUACCCAGUCCCCACUUAAAGCACUGAAGAUCUAGCCCAGGAAUGGCAGACCAAGAUUACUGUUUUCUGAUCACUAUUGACCCAGCUCAUGAUUGGAGGUUCCAUGCAAGGAAAGGCAAACAAGACCAGGAGCUGUCACCCACUGCUCUAUUUAUAGACUACUGCUCUAUUUAUCACUCCUAGAAAAGCAGGCUACUCUCCCCAUUUCCAACUCUGAGACAGUAGCAAAUUAUAAACAGAGCUUCCAUAGCAUCCUCUAAGUUAAAGCCUAAGGGUGCUGCCAUAGACAAAGGAAAUUUGGAGUGGGAGUAGAGACAGACGAGACUGGUAACUCUGUGAUAGCAACAGGCAAAAGGGAAACCAGUGAUAAUCCUAACUGAGAAUGAAAGGCAGCUAAGAGUAAUCCUAGGUCUAGAACAAGCCUCAACGAGACUAUAAGGGCCUGAAUUUAAUUGGCUCAAACUGUGUAGCCAUUUGCACCCCAGUGCCCAAAAUAAUAGGCCCACCAACAAUUAAUGGCUGUUAAUUACAGUGUGAUAACAGUGGAGGCGAACUAGAACCCUUACGAGGAGAUUGGAGAAAGGUACCUAAAUGCCCUACUAAAACUGUCCUUGGGGUUGGAGGGAGGAUUCCGAGUGGCUGCACAUUCCCAGGCUGUGCCCUCUCCAGAGGAGCAUCAGAUGCUGUACAGUGCAGGGUAAAUGGACUUAGAAAGUCCAGCUGAGUCACUAAAAAGCUUUGGGAAGAGAAGAGGAUGAGUCUCCAGAGCUGCUGUAUUAUCUAAACUGUCCAAUUUUAAACAAAAAGUUCCAAUAUCUGUGGAGAAGCAAAGUAAAGUGUGUCCCAAAACCAAGGGGAUUUCAAAACAGUAAAAAGAAACUGCCUCUGAGUGGACCCAGAUGUUCGAAGCACAAAAACCUUCCAAGCAGCUCUCAUAAGUAUAUUUUUUAAAAAACUAAACCCAUGCUGGAGGUAAAGGUAUGAUGAUAUUUCAUAAAUAGAAACAAAGUAUUUUAAAAGAACCAAAUGAUGCAGAUAAUAACAGCCUGAAGAGCAGGAGAAAAGGGCGUGAAAAAUAACUUGAGAGAAAUAUGAAUCACCAACAUUGUGUAAUGGGAAUUCCCAAAAGAGAGAAGAAAGAAAAUAAGCAGAAAAAUACUUUGAAGAUUUCUUAAUGCUUAAAAAUCCCAAGUCUGGUGGAAAACAUUAAUCUGAGAAAAAUCAGUAAAUUCUUAACAGAAAGUAGGCCAUUUGGCCUACACCCACAUACAUGUCAGAUUAAAAAUACUGAAAGAGAUCUUGAAAACAAAAAACCACUAGGUACAAGAAAACUCCAUUAAUGGUUGAUUUAUCAGAAACAGACCUGAAGGCAGUGGGAUGAUAACAUGCAGAGUGCUGGAAAGGAAAAAACCAUCAAGAAUCUUCUAACAAAACUAUCCUUCAGAAAUGAAGGCAGAGUGAGGACAUUCUCAGAUUUUAAGAAUUAAUUUCUAGGAAACUGAUCUUACAAGAAAUAGUGAAUUUUUUCAAGCUGAAAGGAAGUGAGACCACGCAGUAAAUCAAAUCCCCAUGAAAAAAAAAUGCUGAAGAAGGUAAUUAUGUAGGAAAUUACAAAAGGCAUUGUAAUGACCUAUUCUUCCCUCAGCUGACUUAAAAAACAAUACUACAAAACUAUAUAAUUGUGUUAUCUAUAACGUAGAAAUGUAUAUUUGUGACACAAUAAAGCAGGUGGUGGAAGCAAAACUGUAUUUCAAUAAUGAAUCCACAGGAAGAAAUGAGAACAUGAAAUGGUGUAAAAAAAAAAAAAAAAAAAGGUAAA